ACAUGACCAGUCAGCUGGUCUUCAGCACAUCCGCCUGACCCGCUGCUGUUUACAAACCAGCAGAAUGAGGAGUCCUGCGUGAUCCGAACAGAGUUAUUAUUUUCUACUGAGUCUUGGCGGAGGAGAAUCAAGAGGCUGUGACAAUCCGGCUGGGUCGCGGCCAUGCAGCACCCCAAUUUCGAGACCCGCCACCCGCUCCAGACAGACGAGCAGCAGGAGACGGGCUUCGACCCGCUCGAUAAUUUCAACAAGAACCGCAGCAGAGGCUCUCUUGACAGCAUCACUUACUCACAGUCUCAGUCAACCUUCCUCUCAUACAGGAAAGAAUGGGACGACUUGUUCCUCAACAGUAAUUACCUGGCCAGGACCCGGCAGGCAGGCAUCAACGGUCGACUGAGGAGCAGCCGCUUUCGGAGCGUGUGCUGGAAGUUGUACCUUGAGGCUCUUCCAGAAGACAAGGGUCAGUGGAUCAACAAGACCAAGGAGCACCGGGCCCACUAUGAGAAGAUCAAAGACACGCACAUCACUAACCCUCGCAAAGCUGCAGGCCAGCAGGACCUGGUUGUCAACAACCCGUUGUCACAGGAUGAGGGGAGCCUGUGGAACAAGUUUUUCCAGGAUAAAGAGCUGAAGGGGAUGAUCAAGCAGGACGUGUUGAGAACGUUCCCAGAGAUUCGUUACUUCCAGGAUGACGAUGUGAGGACAAAGCUGACAGACAUCCUCUUCUGUUAUGCCAGAGAAAAUGAACAGUUACUGUAUAAACAGGGGAUGCACGAGCUGCUAGCGCCCAUAGUGUUUGUUCUGCACUGUGACCAUCAAGCCUUCCAGCACGCCAGCGAGACCGCCAGCCCCAGUGAGGAGAUGAAGUGUCUGUUGAACCCAGAAUAUCUUGAGCAUGAUGCCUAUGCCUUGUUCUCUCAGCUGAUGGAGACAGCAGAGCCGUGGUUCUCCAGCUAUGAGAGGGAAGUGAGGAAGGGUAAGGAAGAGAUGCUGACCAGCAUCCCGUUCGCACGGCCCCAGGACUCGGGGCCAUCUGUUGCCAUAGUUACAAAAGUCAACCGCAUCCAGGACCAGCUGGUGAAGAAGCACGACAUUGAAUUGCACAUGCACCUCAACCGGCUGGAGAUCGCCCCGCAAAUCUAUGGCAUCCGGUGGGUACGUCUGCUGUUCGGCCGUGAGUUCCCGCUCCAGGACCUGCUGGUGGUUUGGGACGCCCUCUUUGCCGACAGCAUCACUCUGGACCUGGUUGACUACAUCUUUGUGGCCAUGCUGCUCUACAUCCGAGACGCUCUCAUUGCUAGUAACUUCCAGACCUGCCUGGGCCUGCUAAUGCACUACCCUCCAUUAGGAGACAUCAGCUCCCUGCUGCAAAAGGCUCUAUUCCUCCGAGAUCCCAAAAACUAUCCCCGACCGGUCAACUACCAGUUCCAGCAGAACCUGGAUUACUACAAAACAAGGGGAGCUGACCUGAUGAACAAGUCACGCUCUGGUUCCAGUACAAAAACGGCCCCGCUCAACAUCAACAAGGUCUCCAACAGCCUGCUGAGCUUUGGCAGGAAGCUCAUCGCUCCGGCAAUAUCGAGCGGAUCUGGAGGCAUCUCGCCAAUCAACAGCGAGGUUCAUUCCUCCUCGUCCUCCUCCUCGUCAACAUCACCCGCAUCGGCACCGGCGCCCGCCCUGUCUCACCCGCUGGCUGAGCCCCCGUCAGGACAAGCCCCACUGCAGACCCAGAGCCACGCCCAGAGUCAGCACUACCGCCUGCUCAAGUCCGAGAGCAUGCCUGUCCACCUCAGCAAAGAUGUAGUUUCAGGUGAAGUCUCUCAGGACUCUCCCCCAGCCCAGACUCACACUGACACACAAGGCCAAAGCUCCCGGACAGUUAGCUCCUCUCCCAGCAUAGAAAGCCUGGGUGGGCGGCCUCAACCCACCGCCUCCCCGCCUCUCCCCCCCUCCAGAGGGAGUGAUGUCAGCACUGCAUCUCCGCCUCUCUCCGCCACCAAGAAAGAGUCGUUCUUCAACAUCACUCGCUCUCGCUCCCACAGCAAGAGCAUGGGCAAGAAAGAGUCGGAGGAGGACCUGGAGGCCCAGGUGUCAUUCCUGCAGGGUCAGAUCAACGAUUUGGAGGCCAUGAGCAAAUACUGUGCCAGGAUGAUGAACACUCACAUCUGUAAUAUCCAGGAAGUGAUUCUUCAAGAACACCUGGAGAAAGAGGAUGAGGUCCUGGUGUCACUGGCUGGACUCAAACAGAUCAAAGACAUCCUUAAGGGAUCGCUGCGCUUCAACCAAAGCCAGCUGGAAGCCGAGGAGAACGAGGAGAUCUCCAUCGCUGACGAUCACUACACCUCCACGGCAGCGGCUGAAACUGCCCUGAGGGCCAGCAAUCCCCACGGUGACGACCACAAACAAGGAAAAGGCAGGCAGAGCCGGGACUCUGAUCUGGACAGGAGGAGCCUGACCAUGGAUGAGAAGGAGGAGGAGGAGGAGGAGCAGGAGCAGGAGCAGGAGGAGCAGGAGCAGCAGGAGCAGGAGGAGCAGGAGCAGACGAUGACUCCACCUGAGCAACAGGUGGUGUCUUGCGUUGGCUCCGAGGGUAAGAACUGGGACGACUACAUCCUUGUGUGCCAGGAUGGAGACCUGGCUGCUGCCGAUGGAGGAGGAGGAGGAGGAAAGGCUGCAGCCGAGCGCACCCCUCCGAUCAGGCGAGGGCGCGGCUUGGUGCGAAUGGAGCCUGAGGGUGCGGCCGGGACCUUCCAUGACCCCCUGAUGGUCGCCACAACCUCGGGCUCUUCCAGCCCAGACGAGGGCUCCACCCACAGCAAGGACUCUGACUUCACCAUUGUUAACCCGAACGACCUGUGAACGAGCCAACCACCCCUCCCUCUGCUCCUCUUAUACCUGAAUCAUAUCCCAUUCACAGGAUGUGAUUUAAAUUAAAAAAAAAAAGAAAACUGACAUGGGAUUAGAGGGUGGAAUCUGCAGUUUUUGGUGGAGCACUGCCGGAGCUGCAGUCAUCUAAAAAAUUGCACAUUUGAACUGUGACACUUCCAGUGGUAAAUACCUUAUACUCUGUCUCUUUACCUGUCAGCUGUGCCACUUCAGCCCUGUCUAAGCUGAUGCUGUAUGUAUGCUAUCUCAUUUACCGAAUGCCUGUCUCCUCACUGUGUUGGGUCAUGUCACUCAUGAUAUUUAAUUGUACCACCAUUCUCUACCAGAGAGGGCACCAUUGAACUGCUUACCCCGUCACUACACGAUUACUCUGUUGGACCUCAAACUGCAAUUUCUAUUUGGGGGAGGACUCUCUCCUCCCAAGAUUACUGUAAUGAUUGGGAAUGUGAUACUCUGAUUCUUCUGAAUGUGGAGAUCAUGCCAUACCUCUGCCUGUGUCUGUAUAUGUCUAUGUCCUUACAGAGUAAGCUCUCUUCUCUGAUACUCAAAGGAAAGGAUGUUGUCCUCCUUCUCGAGGGCAGCUUUCUCCCCCCCUCCCCUCCUGAACCAGUGCCUCUGACCAUUAUUUGUCUCUCAACCAAACAAAACCUAACUCUGUGAUCUUAUUCUUUUUGUUAGCUUUCUUUUUUUAAUUUUUAAGAAAAUAUUUUUAACCUUUAGUUUAACUCCCUGGAUGAAAAUGAUUAAAUCAUGGAGUAAAUCUUUUUUUUUUUUUUUUUUUUUUAAAUUGAUUCCAAUGUGGACAUUUUAAUGUGGUAAUUGACCGUUUGCUUUUCUCACGUUAUUAGUUGUUCUCGUGUCCGGUGGAAAACAUGUAAAGCAGCGCACACAAAGAAUGUCCCUCUAGCUGCCCAUUCAACAUAAUUAACUCAAGACCAAUAAAACUACAUUGCUCUUACUACAAACUGGAGUUGUUGAGCCUGUUUGGGAAUGCUGUGCUUGCUUUUAAUGUUGAUGUAAACGUUUGUGUGGGUUUGUGUGAAAAUCAGGUCUUCACAGUUGGUACUGUAAAUUGCAUUAUUUCAAAACUACUGUCAAAGCAAAUGGAAGGUUUGGAGGUUGGAAAAAAAACCUCAUAGUGGAGAGAUCUGAGUAUGUGUAAAUGCCAAAGACUAAAAACGGAACAGAUCAGAACAAAACCACAUCUACUCCUCUGCAAAUCCCUUCUACCGCUCAAGAGACAACAUAGUGACUGCUUAUUUACACACUUGAUACGAUGUAACUGGCAGGAAUAUAGUUGAAAACACGUGGUGUAUGUGUGUGUUACUGCCAGAGGCAAUUCACAGAUAAAAACUAUUGUCCGUCAUUUCUUUUUUUCCUUUUUAUUAAAUGUGAUACAAUUGGCCACAAAGUCUGACCAUAAUUCCUAGAAUUGUAUUCAGAUGCUGGUUCCCAAUGACAUAGAAAAAGGUAAUUUAGUGUUUUCUAAAAUGUAUUUUUACUUUAGCUGUCAGUUGUGUAGCUAGUUAAGAAAGCUGCGUUUAUUGGUCUCAGAUAGGCAUCUUCAAUGGAUGACAUCCGGCAGGAAGAGUUCUAAACAGAUCAACUGAGACAAUCAUUUCUCUCUGCUGAAGCUCUGAGGUGGGAUAUUUUCACUCAUUUUCAGCUGCAUUGUGUUUCAUGUUGAAUAUCUAAUGGUACAAAACAUUUUAAAUUCAGUGGCCUCUUUUGCUUAGUUAUG